GAGUGGUUUAGUGGCAGGCAGCCCCCCCUCAGAGCCCACCAUGGGGCAAGGGCAGAGAAGGGGUGGUGGUGGUGGCGUUGUUGCGCCUAUGCGUGGUGUCUUUUCUCGAUACGGUCCGGUCAGAUCAGGUCAGCCAUGGGGGCUGAGAGUGCUGGGAGCCGGCUUGCUACCAGAAGUGCGCCUUCCUAGUGCUUUGUUUGCUAUCCAGCGUCUGGGAUUUGGCUGGCUUCCGUGGAUUGAUGAGACAGUGUGAGUGUGGCUGCUGGUGCUAGUGCGGGGACGUCGCUUUGCUCCCGGCCUUUUAGGCAGGGUUCUUGGUGCAGGAUUACGGGCCGAGUGCGAUGGCCGCCUUGCUGCAUGGAUGAAACAGGGGUUUAUAAGAACCUUCUACAGGAGGUAGCUCAAAGAGUUGGGGCGCCGUUGCCAUUGUAUACAACAGAGCGAUCUGGCGUUGGCCACCUGCCGGUUUUCACAUGCACUGUUGAGCUAGCUGGUAUCACAUUUACAGGUGAUCAUGCUAAGAAUAAGAAACAGGCUGAAAAAAAUGCAGCUUCAGCUGCAUGGUCAGCACUAAAACAAUUGGUACGCGAGGAAGUGAAUUCAUCCAAUGAGACAGAAAACAGUGAUGAGCAGGAGCAGAUCAGGAUUGCCCGAGCCCUCCUCAACUAUCGCUUGAAGGAGAAGAUGGCGAUGGCCAAUUAUCCUCAUGUUUCACCAUUCCCUAAGAAAUUUCCCAUGCAGCCAGAGAGGAAGCCUUCUUUUGGUCAAUCUUCUCAGUCCAGCUACUCAAAGAUUCUCCCUCUAUUCCGCCCUAAAUCUAACUCAAGAUCCAGACCAGAGUCACCAGCAUCUACUGAUGGCGCAUCACAAAUGCCUGGCCGGGCCAUGGAUAUCCACACUCCAAGCCCAAGAUCAAGAUUUCCAGCUGCAGAGGCAGCCCCCUACGUGCCAGUUGGGCACUUCCGUAUGCCUUGCCACAGCAUGGCUCCUUCAGUCACAAUUAGGACUGCUGUUCCUGUGUUCUCUGCUCCACCUCUCCCACCGCCGUCUGCACGCCCGCAGCAGCUUCCUCCACUCAUGAGCCACCCACCACCGAUUCGGAUGGCAUCCCCAGUUCGCAUGAGGCCAGCCUCUCCAAUGUUUGCCUCCUCAGCUCCAGCUCAAGGGCCGAAACUUGUGAGGCCUGUUCAAUUGAAGGAUGUGCAAGAUCAACCAAGGAAGGAAACAGCUCCAUCCGUGAUCCCUGUUCAGGUAAAGGACGUGCAAUACCAAUCAAGGAAGAGCUCAAUGUCUCCUGUGAUUCCUGUCGUGGUAAAGGAUGCACAACGCCAGCCUCUCCCAGUUCAGACGAAGGAUGUGCAAACCCAAACCCAAGCCCCAAAGGAAUCACUUGCAGAUCCAAUUCCAGCAAUCAGGCCUGCAGUCAAGAUUGAUUUGCCUGCUCAAGGCAAGAAGGAAGCUUCAGCUGGUGCUACCAGCGAAGCGCCAUCUUCUGCCACUGGCAAUAAUGGUGCUAUGGAACGCGGUACAUCAUCAGACGUUCUCUUGGCAAGGCGAUCAAGGGCUGCUGUGGACGGGGAUGGCGACAAGGUGGAAGCAAAGCACGAGGCCGAGGCUCAAGCGGUGGCAGAGGCAGCCAUCAGGCAGCUGGAGAUCAAUUGACUUCAGAAAAUGCGCGCCACCAUCUUCUCCCAGAUUUUGUAAUUAGCUGCCUUGCCUCCUGUGCACAUUCCGUUCUGCUUAGUCCGUGUAUGUCUUGUUCCGGUUAGGGCUGUCUGGGCAAGCUGCAUUGUGGUAGGAACACCUAGGUUUUCUGUUGAGGAGAAAAAAACAUGGAGUGGUGGUAGGCGGUUUGCCCAGUGUUUAGUUGGAGACGGUUAUUACUUCGCUGGAUAUGCAAUUGGUCUGCUUUUACCCCCGAAUGAUGAGGUGGACUGCGAGGUGCCUCUAAGGGAAGGAUUCUGAAUUCCUAGUUAUUGUCGAACCGCCGUAAUCCUAUCCAGCUUCUUUUUUACUAGUAGUACUACAAUGCAAAUGAUGAUGCAUUGGUGGUUGGUGUAUGAUGAAAAGUGGAGAUGGGUUUUUA